AAGAGAAAGAAGCAUGGGGGCGGUGGCUGCUGCUUCUCUCGCCGCCAUCGCCAUCCAUUUCAUCCUAUAGUAAACCCAGCAGUCCCAAUCCGUCUCUCUCUCUUUCUGUAUGUGUAUUAGUUUUAGAAAACGUACCGGUGCUUAGAGUAACACCGACAUUACUUGCCUUGCCAUGCCCUAACACCGGUGUUCAACAUCCCUUUUAUUCGUUCCUUAAUUCUCUCUUUCUUUUAUUUUUACAUACAAAUUCUAAUAUUCCUCCUCAUUUCAUUCCAUGACAAAUCAUCCAAGUGCAGGAGGAUUUUAACUGGUGCAAAGGUUUUUUGUUUCAUUUAAAAAAAAAAAAAAAAAAAAAAAAUGGGAUUCAAUUUUUAGAACGCGAUAUUUGUGAAAUUAGUGCCGAUUGUCAUCUGACGAGAGAAGGAUAUGUCUCACACGAUAAUUGGAUCUCCUCAUCUCAUUCAAGGUGAAAUAAAGAAAGAUCUUGAGAUGAACGCCCGCCGUCGGUAAUAGUGAAUCAUUUCCUUUUAAAUAUAUAUAUUAUCACGAUACUCCAUUUCUUUUUAAUAAAUAAAUAUUUUUUCUAAAAAAAAAAUAGUGUGAAAUAAAGUUUUCAAUGUUUGUCGGCAAAAAUUGUGCUUAAUGUUCGGGUUUUUAGUGCCGGUGUUGUGCCCGUUGUCGCUGAUAAAUUAUCCGUUCUGUCGCGUCACAAGAAAAAGCGCCAGGAGGCGCUAUCGAGAUCGCGAAGCGGCGACGCAUUACCACCACGCGCUUCUUAUCUCAGAUUGAAAAAAAAAAAAAAAAACAAGGAUAUUUCGAUAUGAAUAUCAUCUGAACGUUUAAGGGAUCAUUUACAGGAACAACUACGACAACGUCGUCUUUUACAACAAGAGAGGCGCGAGGCUAUAGGCUUGGAAUUCGCGCACGUGAAUAUGAGCAUGACUCUUGUACGAAACGUGUUCAGAGGGUGCAGCGAGGACGAGACAGGUGCGGACACGGAAGUGGGCGGUUGCGCGGAUGGUACUGCGAGUGGAGGUGUUGGUGGUGGCGGCGUAGGAGGAGAAGGAGGUUCGACGAAACAGGGUGAAAGGUGUCCCCAGUGCGGUAUUCUCUGUCGGAAUUUAAACGUUCUGCAGCUCCAUCUCGAGGACAUUCACAAGACAACCUACGUCAUCGAUAAGCACGACCUCGGUGCUCAAUUCUCGCAAGUCUCUUGCAAAGUGUGUAAUAAAACUUUUGCCAACGUCUAUCGUCUUCAGAGGCACAUGAUCAGCCACGAUGAGAGUGCAGUUCUUCGUAAAUUUAAAUGUCCCCACUGCGAGAAAGCAUUUAAAUUUAAACAUCAUCUUAAGGAGCACCUUCGUAUUCACAGUGGAGAGAAGCCAUUUCAAUGUAAUAAUUGCGGUAAACGAUUCUCGCACUCGGGUUCCUAUUCAAGUCACAUGACAUCAAAGAAAUGUCUAAUAGUUAAUCUAAAGAAAUCGAGACAAGGAUCAAUCAGUAAUGUUGAUAGAGGGCCGAGAAAAAAUCAAACACCAUUACAAAAUCGUCGCGAUGUUGAUAUGAUUGCUGCAAAUAAUAAUACUUUCCUGCCAAUUCUCCCUAAACUUUCGCCUUCUCAUUAUCAUGACAUUCAUAAUGAAGGAGGAGGUAUGUACGAUGUGCCUACAUUACUUCCGCAAAUGAUGGGAUUUGGAACGUAUUUUUUACAAUCGUCAUUGAGAAAAUUUUUGCAUCAAUUGCACACAAAGAGAGGUGAUGAUUUAUCAUCGGAGAAUUAUGAAUCUCAUGGUGAAGUUAUGAGUCCAUCGACAGCCGAUUCUGAGGGUACAGAAGGAACUGAGGGAAAAGAAUCGCCAGCACCAAAUGAGGGACUCGAUGCCGUUCGUCGUAUUCUUGAGACUGUCAAUACAUCAGUGACGAAACAAUUGCUUGAGGCAAAUGUGAGAAAACUCUCAUCAUCACCAGCCACUAUUAAACGUGAAUUUGAUGAUGAUUAUCAGGAUCAAGACAGUGAGAUUUCAAGUGAAAUGACCCAUUAUCCUGAUUGGCCAACGACAGAUCAAUGCGAUUCGCAGAGCGAGGGUUUGGCGAUAAAACUUGAGGAUGUUAAUCAAAAGCCAACAACAAUUAGACAGGGUUGCAAGAGAAAAGCCGAUGUUGUUGAUUCAUCGGAUGUUGAUACUGAGGAUGAAGAUGAGACAAGUCAACCACAAAGUGAAAGUGGUCGACGAGUUAGAGCAAGAUCAUUAAUUGAUGAUGAACAAUUGGCUGUUCUUAAGGGGUAUUAUGCAAUUAAUCCAAGGCCAAAGAAAGAGGAAAUCAUUAUGAUUGCUGAUUAUAUCAAAUUUCCCACUCGUGUUGUUCAGGUUUGGUUUCAAAAUUCGAGAGCGAGAGAUCGUCGAGAAUCAAAAAUACCGGCCCUUCUACCAUUGGCGAAUGCUGGCAUUCAACCGAUAAAUGAACAACCACUUGAUCUCUCGAAAAAAGAACUGACAAUAUCCGUGAUAAAAGAGAGUGAUACGUCAAGUAGAAAUACAGCAUCGCCCUGUGGACCAAAGGAAGAUACUCUAAUGACACCGACAUUGAUUAUUAAUCCCGACACUGAUCUUGAGGAUUCGCCACUUAUUAUUGAUGAAGAGACGACGACCGAUUCGGCUGAAGUUCGACGUACUUUAUCAAAUAAUGAAGCUCUACCAAAGAGUCAAAAUCAAACAAUUGUUAAAGUACAAAAUGAAGGAAUACUCGUUCAAGCUGAUGUGACUCCAACAAUUGAGACGGAGCAAGAAGGUCUCUUUUUUUGUAAUCAAUGCGAUAAAACAUUUUCAAAGCAAAGUUCCCUAGCAAGACACAAGUACGAACAUUCCGGACAAAGGCCGUACAAGUGCCAAGAGUGCCCAAAGGCGUUCAAGCACAAACAUCAUUUGACUGAGCACAAACGUCUGCACAGCGGCGAAAAGCCAUUUCAGUGUUCCAAGUGCCUAAAGCGCUUUUCUCACUCUGGCUCCUACAGCCAACAUAUGAAUCAUCGGUACUCUUAUUGCAAACCAUACAGAGAAUAGGACUACCGAAUUGCUCUCAAAUGAUGAGGCCCAUCCACUUAGCUAAGUACAUAACCCCCCCCCCCCUUCUCUCUUCCCUUCACCAUUUGUCGCCCAAUUUACGUGUUUACCGGUAAGUGAAAAAAAAAAAAACAAAGAAAAUUAUUAACAAAUUUUUACAAAAAAGAUUUUUUCCAACCGGUCACGUAUCGACUCUCUUCAGGAUUUAGCAUUUAAGUUUAAUUUCUAUAUAUAAAUUUAGUUUUGUGCAAAAAAAAAAAGGCGCAAAUUCUCACGCAGAGGACUAUUUAAAGACUGUGCUGGUAAAAAAAAAGUACCUCUCUUUAAAAUUUUGCAAACAUUUGCAAUUUCCAAAAUUUUUUUGGAAAAAUAUUAAGCGAGGCUUUUUUUUAAAUAUUAUUAUUACUAUUUUUAAUUAUUAUUAUUAUUACUUUUCUAUUAUUACUAUUAAUAUUAUUAUUAUUAUUAUUACUAUUAUUAUUACUAUUUUUAUUAUUAUUAUUAUUAUUAUCAUUUUUAUAAUAUUUAAGAGUAAUUCCCCAGUUGAGCGAUACCGAGUGAAAGGAUAUUGAGAAAGAAAGAAAAAAAAAAGCUAAUUUAAAAGAAAUUUGCAAAAUUCCUUUUGCAACGACUAAAAGUAAUCGAAUUAUGCGUGACACUUUUUUUUUGAAAUAUUGUCACACAAAUGAAAAAUGAAAUGACAAACAAAAACCAAAGUUUAAUGACAGGAUUUAAUAAAUCUCUGCCCAAGAUUUAUAUAUUAUACAAAUUUAACCAAAACAAAACACGUAACGGUACCAAAAAUGCAUAAUGCAAUAAUCUAUUAUUAUAAAUAAAAAUAUAGAUAUAAAAUAUGAUAUAAUAUACAUAAUAUUUUAUUAUUUUUAUUAACAAGAUAUUAUAUAUAUACCAUUGACAAUAAUAAGGAGAAACUAAUUAAUGUACAAAUUUGUUAGUUACAAAAAAAAAAAAAGAUAUUUCGCUGGGGAGGGCGAAAAUAAAAAAAAAAAAAAAAAAGAAAAGAAAAGAAAGAAAACCAUCCACACGGGAUGAACGACGUUAUUUAAAAAAAAUGGAUAUUGCACUUAUGAAUAGAGAUUUUACCAAAAAAAAAAAAAAAAUAAUAAUAAUAAACGAAAAAAAGAGGAGAUGAAACUUAAUACUGAAUAUGAGAAAAUUUAUUAUAUGUCAAAUUGACUGCGCCUUGGGAUAAAAAAUUUUUUUUUUUUUUAAACUUAAUGUUAACACAAUAGACAAUAUUUAGAAAUAGAUUUUUUAAAUAUCUCUCUCACUAAAUCAAAAUAUUUCCCUUGUGUAUAAAAUUUAAUGAAGAAAAUAUAAUAUGUAUUUUUGUAAUAUACUUUUUAGAAGUAUUCAAUUAGUUGCUUUCCUGUAAUUGCAGAAUAUUUCAUAUAAAUAUAUAUAAAAUAUAUUUUUUAUUGCUACAGGAUUACAACGUUUUUCUAUAUAAAAUAAUAAUAAUAAUGACGCAGAACAAUAAAAAAAAAAAAAAAUUAAUAUAUUUAAUUUUCCUUUUUUUUCACGAAACUAGUACAAAAUAAUAAAUAGAAAUAUAAUUAGCAAUAUUGUUAGCAAAUAUUUUUUUUAAUUUUAUUUUUACAUUAAUAUUGUUAUUGUAAUAUUCAUUUCUUUUUUUUUUUUUUUUUUUUUUUAAUUCGAGGCGCAGUUAAAUUUGGUCAGAGAAAAGGCUUUUGGUAGCCUUGAGCCUAUUUUUUUAGAAUUCUAAUAAAAAUAAUAAUAAAUCGACACGCGGGUCAGAAAAAUGAGUUUAAUUAAGAAAUGAAAUUAAGAUGAAAGUUUUCAUAACGAGAGCCUUUGAAGUUAUACUGUAAUUUUUGAGUAACAUGAAAUUUAUUCUUUUCAAUUGUGUUAUUAUUGACGAGUGUUGAAAACAAAAGUAAAUUUUUUUUUAAAAAUUAGUUCCUUAAUUUUAUCAAUUUAAUAAUUUCUUUACUAAUUAUAGAGAAAAGGAAAAAUAAUUUUAAAAGUUCAAUUGCUUUAGACAUUUUAGUAUUAGACGAAUUUUUUUAAAAACAUUUUAUAUUUGGAAAUUUUGUGAAAUAUUAAUUUAAUGAUAAUAUUUCGGAAUUAUUUUUUUUUAAACUUGAAAGGCUCUCGAUGGGGGGGAAAGCGAAAAUAAUGAAUUGUAGUGUACCGAAUUAUAAAAUCUGGCUGCGAAGAGAGCUUAUUGUAAAAAAAAAAAAGAACAAAAAUUCUACCCUGUUUGCCAGAACAAAGAAAAAUCUCGAAUCUCGCCUCCUCACUUUAAAGAAAAAAUCAACAAAAACAGAGUUUUAUUCAGCUCAGCCCAAAGGACUAUAAUUAUUAGAGUUGAGGUUUCAGGGCCUUGUGGAUCGGUGAAAAAUUAUGCAAACACAUCUUUCCAAUACCUAAUUUUAUGUACUUAUGCAAUACUAAUAUUAAAGUUAGAAAAAAAAAUUUUUUAAUCUCGACCAAUUUCUUCAAAAAUAGAAAAAGAAUUUAAACGACUAAAAAAAUGUCCCUUUAAACAAUUAUAAUAUCUAUAUUUAUGUAAAUUCCCCAUAAAUCAAACAUGAAAAUCAAAAUAAAAUAUUAAAAGUUAAAAAUCAAAAAUGUUUUUUUAAAAAACUUUAGAAACAAAAUUUUUUCAUUAAAUGUAAGAAAAAAUAAAUUUUAAAUAAUCCUUUUUCUGUUAUUUUUAUAUAUUUUUUUUUUUCAUUUGAAAAAAAACAGAAAAUAAUUCGAAGAAGAAAGGAAUAAAAAAUUUAAUUUGAAGAAAUUGGUCCUUGUUGAAAUUAUAACGCACAUUCCGUAAAAAGACCUUUCUUGAGGCCUUUUUUUUCUUAAUUUUUUAUCACUUGUUUAACGUUCCAUAUAAGUGAUUGAGCAAAAAAUGAAAUAGGAAUUAUUUUUUUCUUUUUUUUUUGCAAAAUAAUUUUUUUCUACAUUCACCGAGAUUCGAGGCCCAAUUUUUUUUUUCUUUUUUUUUUCUGUAAGGAUCUAAAUAUGAUAUUAAAUGCUUCCAAUACACUGUACGAUUAAAAAAAAAAUAAUAUUAUUGAUUAUAAUAUUUGUAUUAUGAUGAUUUAUUCAUUCGGAACGCCUAGAUAAGCAAGUAUACUCUAUACAGAUGCGAUAAUACUCGAGAAUUGUAUUUUAUAAAGGUUUUUAUUCGUCUUUUUAUUUUACACAUACCACAAGUGAUAAGUGAUAUUGUUAUUAAAAAAAUAUAUAUAAAAAAUAUAUAUAUAAAAACAAAUAAUGAAUACCGCGUGAAUUCAAAAUCCAACGAAAAAAAAAAACAGAAACCUCAAUACUUCAUUUUUUAAAUUGACGACGAAACAUGAAAACAUCGAACUUACAAAAAAAAUUUAAAUUAAAUCGAUAACUUUAAUCUUAUAUGUAUAUAUAGUUAAUUCUAUAUAAAUGAAAAAACUAGAUAGUUGUAAAGCUGUUUUUGCUUUUUUUAAAAAAAAAAAAAAAAAUAUUCUCAAUUAAAUAAUAAUCUAGAUUUGCUGCCAAUUAUUAUGGAAUAAAUGAAAAACACUCAUUUUUUUUUCUUUCACUUUAUGUUUUAUUUUUAAGAGAAUUUUUAAAUUUGGUUUUUGAUAAACUAAUAAAUGAAUUAAAUUCUCAUUUAUUAGUUGAUUAACAAUUAUAGUAUACAAAAAUGGCAAUUAAAAGUAAUAAAAAUAUAAUUAAUCUUCCAAAUUUAACAAAGUAUUAAAUUUAUGAAGAAUUUAAAAUAUUUGAUGCAAAUAAUUGGAAUUAUGUUUUUAAUUAAAUAGAGAUUUAAUUAAAGUAAAUCGUAGUUUUUAAUCAAAAAAGAAUUUCUAAAAAUUUUUAAUAAAUUUAAAAGAUUUUAAAAUUCAAAAUCAAUUGAAUUUCUAAAUAUUCUAAAUUAAAUUUUUUCUAAUUUCAAAAGAAAAAAAAAAAAAAAAAAGGAGCGUUUUUUAUUAAUUCGAUAACGGGGAAACAAAAGAAAAAAAAAGUUAGUCAAUUUUUGAAUUAAAGAAAAAAAAUGAAUCUUUAAAGUGCUCAAAAAGCAGUUUAAAAAUGGUGAAGAGGUUAAUAAUUUUCGUGGAUUCUGAAUGCAUUUUAUUAUUAUAUAUAUAUAUAUAAUAAUAAUAAGAAUAAAUAAAUAUAAAUAUUUAAUUAAUUGCCUAAAGGCAUUUUUUGCCCAAAAUGCUGAGAAAAAAAAAUUGUACUUCCUCAUGUAGAAGCUUCGGUUAUCCGCGACAGGCAUCGUGUCCACAUUAUUAUAAUAAUAAUAAUAUAUUAUAUACGAACAAGCAAAUUUGCUUAAUAAUAAUAAUACUCAUUUAUAUUAGUGUUAACACUUAAGAAGUAUAUUUUUAUAUAAUUAUAAUAUAAUAAUUAUAAAAAAUACGAUAGAACUUAAAUGAUCGCUCGUGUGCUGUUUUCCACAAGUCCUUUUUUAUUAUUAUUUUUCUCAAGAUAAAAAUAUUCCUCUAAAUGCAUUUAAUGUAUUCUAACUUGAUAAAAGUGGAAGCCACACUUUCUAUUGCAUAUAGAACGAUUAUUAUUAAUAUUAUUACAUUAUUAUUAUUUUAUUAUAUUAUAUUGUAAUUUUUAUUAUUUUAUUAUUAAUAUUAUUAUUAAUAUUAAUAUUAUUAGCAUUUUUAUUACUAUUUUUAUUAUUUUUUAUUAUUUCUAUUAAUAUUAUUAUUUUUAUUAUUAUUAUUAUUAUUAUUAUUAUUAUUAUUAUUAUUAUUAUUAUUAUUAUUAUUACUGUCAGAAAUUAAUGACAAAUUAAUGACUAAUAACAAUGGAUAAUAAUUAAUUAACGAGAAUGAUAAUUUAGAGAAAUAAUUAUUGAAACUCGUUAAUAAUAAAUAGAAAUUAUAGAGAAAUAAAAACUGAAGAAUAAUUAAAUUAAAAAAAUUCCUUCGAUAUUUGAAAUGCAAUAGUGAUGCUGUUUCUGCUAUAUACUGUUGUUUACCACACCGCGAUACUAAAUGUUAAUAAAUGAUGGUGUAUCUGUAAUUCCUAAUAAUGAAAAUAAAAGAAAAAAAAAAAAUUGUUACAAUUGUUGAAGCAACGAUUUUAAAGCACCAUACGAUGCCUUCCGUGAACGACCGAGCUUGCCUAGUUGCCAAAUAAUAAUUCGACGAAGUGAGAAUUUAAAGAAAAAAAAAAUAAAAAUAAAAAUAAACGAGACUUGGCAAAUCCGAUCACUUCGAUUAUUAUUUGCUUGAAUCAUUUCUUUGAAUCAAAUUAUUCAAUUUUUUAAAUUUUUUGUCGCAAAGACAUCGAAAACAAAUGAAACUGCCUUUUGUAAAAUAAUCUUUUCUUAUAUGUACAUUUUUAAAACAUUGAAAAUUAAUAUUUAAAAAAUAAAUUACUUAAAAAGAGGAAUAUUGAUUUUCAAUUAGUUUUGGAAUUGGCAAUUACAAAUUUUUAUUAUAAUGUAAAAAAAAAAAGAUUCAAAAUUGUUUAUUGAAUCGAAGUGAUCGUGUUUCACACGUUUAAAAAAAAUAGUACACGCAGUAAUACUGGUGGUUAUGCCAUUGAGCUUUCCAUGAACUAUUAUAUAUUAUAAAAAAAAAAAAUAAAUUUAAGUACCAGAUUAAAAUGUAAAUAUAUAUAUUACUAUUCGAUACGACAGACAAUAAUGUACCGUUUCUUUUAGAGAAUAGAUUCGUAAUUAUAAAGAAAAGCAUAGUAUACUUGUAGACAUAAAAAAUAUAAAUUUACUAAAUUGGUAUAUAUAUAUUAUAUAUAUAUAUACAUAAAUAUAUAUAUAUAUAUAUAUAUAUAUAUAUAUAUAUAAAUAUAUUAUAUACAUAAAUACAUUUGAUUUAUAUAAGAAUGAAAUGUAAUGCAAUACGUACUCAAGGGCGAAAGAAAAUUAAAAAUGAACUAAAAAAAAAAGGGGCUCGCUGUUUAGUGUCAGCAGUGUCAUUUUGUUUCUUUUGUCUCUUUUUUAAAUUAUAAAUAUGUUAAUAUUGAUAUUAAUCAAGUUAAACGAAAAUAAUUAAUUUUUGUUUAAAAUUAAAUGUUAAAUUUUAUAAUUAAAUUUUAAUUUUUUAAAUUUUCUAAAUUCACAUUUUUUUCAAUAUUUAUAAUAUUUUUUUGAAAUAAUGAUUUUCAAAAUUAAAUUAAAAAUAAUAAAAAAAAAAAAAAAAAACGUUGCACAGAAGACACUAUUUGGCAGUCUUUUUUUUUGAAAAAAAUGCGUUUACGACUAUAACGUGUCGUGUUUGUUACUGUGGAAUAAGAAAAAAAAAAAGAAAAUAUUGUAUUGUGACGAAGUUCCAUCCAUAAAUAAAUAAAAAAAAGAAAUAUUAUACAGUUAGGCCGACUUUUCCGCCAGUUCGUGCCUUUUUUUUCUCUGCAGGAAGAGUGCAGUAUUGGCAUUCAAUCUUUAGCCGUAUUAUACAAUUUAAUGCGAUUAAAAUGUAGGAUUAUAUCUACAUAAAUAUAUUAUGUAUGUAUAUAUAUAUAUAUAUAUGCGAAUGAAAAUAGAUACAUCUUUGCGAGAAUUCAAAAAAAAAAGGAAAACGAAAAAUUGAGAUUUAAAACAAAUAAAAAUAAUUAAAAAUCAAUAUGAAAAUUGAUGUAUUAAAAAGACAUAUAAUAUAUGUAUAUAUAUAUAUGUAUGUAUAUAUACGAUUAUAUUUUCCAAAAUCGCUGCGGGACACUAACACAUUCUUUCGAACGUAAUAUGUGAAACAAAACGACACAAUAAUAGAAUUUUAGAAUUGUUGUUCUUCGUUUCACAAUGUAAUAAAGGCUAUUUUACUUUGA